UCCUCUUCCCCCGCAUCUGCGUCAUUGAGCCUGCUGAGCAUCUACUGAUGCGUCCCACAUGCAGUCAGCAAAGCCUUUGCUCAAAUCACAGGAGGCGGACGGAAUUUUCCUCAGUUACCACUGUUGUGGGUCGGCGCAGUAUACAAGUGUGGCUUGCCGUUUUGCUUCCCCAUGUAUGCCACGGCCCGUGUGAUGAGCAAGUUUCCAGCCAAUCGCGUCUUGCCCAUCAAAGCUCUUUAAUGACCGUGAACGUGGGGAAUAUCCCGUAUAACCAUCGUUUCGAAAUAUACUGUAAGAAAUUUAGGGCGUAAAUAGAACGUUAAAUAUACAUAAUCUUAUUCGGAUAGUGCUUGUUCCUGUCCUGCUGCAACAACACUGUUCCAUACUCACCCAUCGCCAUCGGGAAUCGACCUUCUUCGCACAAUGAUUCCAGCUAAGCACUUGGGUCGCCUCGGGGACCGCGCAAAAACCCUGGGUACCGACCCACGCACGCAUCCCAAGCUACUUGAAGUCUUGCAAUCUUUGCAUCUCGAUGGCGAUUCUCAUGUAGGGACGAAUCUGACACGAGAGUCGCCCCUCCAAGACAUUAUCUCAUAUGUCCUCGAUGUGAAUGACAUACUCGAGGAUAUCCACCAAAAUAUGGAUCUCAGCGUGCCAAAGAUCAGUAGAAGUGCGACUGAGAUUGUGAGGUCGACAAAGAUUGUUGUUGGAUCGGAUGGGAAUGAGAUAAGACUCAUUUUUUAUCGCCCCUCCGCAUCUCUCUCGGGAACACCACCACCUGGAGUUGUGUAUUUUCAUGGCGGUGGUAUGGUCAUACUCAGCACCGAAAACCCGAUGCACAUUACCUGGGCUGAGGCUACAGCGCGCUUGGGGUUAGUUUCCAUCAUCGUUGACUUUCGCAACGCCGUCACGCGUUCAGGUGCGCAUCCGUUCCCGGCUGGACUGAACGAUUGCACGCAAGCGGUGCAGUGGAUUCAUAACAACAAGGCUGAGUUGAAUAUCAGCAAAAUUGUCUUGCAAGGAAACAGUGGCGGGGCGAAUCUCGCGCUCGCAACAGCACUCAAAGCGAAGAAGGAGGGCUGGGUAUCCGCAAUUGAUGGCGUGUUCGUCACAGCUCCGUAUAUUAGCGGCACAUAUCAUUUACCGGAGGAGUGGAAGCUCGAAAAUCUCCCCAGCCUAGUCGAGUGUGACGGAUAUCUUGAGAAUAUGCGAACAAGUGCACUAUCUUCAAAACUGUAUGAUCCCUCGGAGCACAACGCUCGGAAUCCGCUUGCUUGGCCGUAUUGGGCUGAGAAAAAGGAUCUUGAGGGAUUACCCCCACACUAUAUCAUCACUGACGAAUUAGAUCCUUGGAGAGACGAAGGGAAUGCUUACUAUCGGAAGCUAGUUGAGGCUGGUGUCAAUGCUGUAGGCCGCAUGAAUUUGGGUAUGAUACAUGAUGGUGAGAUGGUUUUUCGUCACCACAUACCGGAGCUUUUCUUAGCCAGUCUUGAAGAAAUCCGGUCAUUUGUUUUCAGGGUGUAA